UCACACAGUCUGUUUAAGGCUCUUAAGUCAACAAUUCAAACCAAAAAAGAUUAUAAUUUUCUUAUUCCUUGUAAAGGAAAUGGUCAAUGAUGAAAGUAACUGUAAAAAAAAUAAUGAAUCAACCAAAAAACAGAGUAAAUUAAAACCCCUUUAAGUCAAAGCUUUUCCCUUUAUGAUAUGGCUAUUUAUAAAGUAUAUUGCUAUACCAGCUCCAUUAUGCUGUCUUCUUCCCUCCAACUCCACAUUACACUUCAUAUAGAUUAAACUAUAAAUACCCAUAUCAUCUAAUUCCAUCCUCACAUCAAUCAAACAUUCACAAUUAGUAGACAAGGAAAAACCAAGUGCGAAGAAAUGGCCAAUUCCAUCCUAAGUUCCCUCUUCCUGGUUGCAGUAAUAACUGCCAUAGCCACUCCUCACAUGAGCUUGGCUCACAAACCAAUCAACGGUGGCGGUUAUCUCUACCCGCAGUUCUAUGACCAUUCUUGCCCAAACGCACUAGAGAUUGUGAAGCAUAUUGUGGCCAAGGCUGUUGCCAAGGACCCCCGAAUGGCUGCUUCUUUGCUUCGACUUCAUUUCCACGACUGCUUUGUCAAGGGUUGUGAUGCGUCGGUACUUCUAGACAGCACCGGUAGUCUAAUAAGCGAGAAAAGAUCUAACCCAAACAGGAACUCAAUUCGAGGUUUUGAGGUCGUUGAUGAAAUCAAAUAUGCUCUUGAAAGGGAGUGUCCCCACACCGUCUCUUGUGCCGACAUUUUGGCUAUAGCUGCCCGAGACUCAACCAUCUUAGCUGGAGGGCCAAGCUGGGAAGUGCCUUUGGGGAGAAGAGAUUCAAAAGGUGCAAGCUUGAGUGGUUCAAAUAACAACAUUCCUGCUCCUAACAACACCUUCCAAACCAUCCUCACCAAAUUCAAGCUCCAAGGCUUAAACAUAGUUGACAUGGUUGCCCUGUCGGGGAGUCACACCAUAGGAAACUCAAGGUGCACCAGUUUCAGGCAGAGGCUAUACAACCAGACCGGGAAUGGUCAGCCCGACUACUCGCUAGACCAGACUUUUGCGGCCCAAUUGAGAGGCAGGUGCCCGAGAUCUGGAGGAGACCAGAACUUGUUCUUCUUGGACCAUGUUUCGCCAUUCAAGUUUGACAACAGUUACUUCAAGAACUUGCUGGCAUACAAGGGACUCCUGAGCUCAGACCAAAUUCUCUUGACCAAGAGCGAACAGUCCAUGGAGCUGGUGAAGACUUAUGCUUAUAACAAUGACCUUUUCUUACACCAAUUUGCUCUGUCUAUGGUCAAGAUGGGAAACAUCUCUCCUUUGACAGGUCCAAAGGGAGAGAUCCGAAAGAAUUGCAGGAAAAUCAACACCUAUUGAUUCCUUGGCUUCUAAUUCUCCUUUUAUGAUAUGGUUUUCUAAAGAGAACUCAUUUUGAUUUGGUUGUUGUUUUUCAUUGUUAUUUGCUUUCUCGUUGUUCACUUGUAUUA